CGAUCGCUAAAGGGAUUUGAUAAUGGGAUGGAUUUGGAGAGACGAUGAUGACGGCCAACAAAUGUCUUCGCGUGACAUUAGCGAAUUUGGGAGAUCUGACUCUCCUACCCAGGAUCGUUGUUCCACCAGAAAGGUUGUGAAAUCCCAGUGCAGAACAGAGGAGGUCGAACCUGGAAGAUUCGUCAGGAAGUGCGAGAAAACAGAAGAGGUCCUCAGGGAUUGUAUUGGAAAGCCUGUUGAAGUAAUUCAAUCGAACAAGGAGUUUACUGAAGAAGAUGUCACUGAUGCGGUUCAGAGGGGAGGGUCAUUCAUGUUUGGAUCACCAGGGCUGCAAAGUGACAUUGAGGCCCUUGAACGCAACUUCUUUGGAGGCGUCAGUCGUUUUUUCGAAGCAGCUGAAGAAAUGAGCAAUGGCUUCUUUGAUGUGUUUACAAGGGCUCCACGAAUAUUUGAUGGGGACUCAUCCUCCUCCAUGAAGAAGGGGAUACCUAUUGAAGAAUUUCCUCGACAGGAAGCCUCGUCUAAACCCAAACCCAAAGAGUACGGAUCAAUAGAUGCCGAUCUAUCUGGAUUGGCUCAGGAUGUUUGAAUAGAGCCACUGACGUAAUAUUAAUACAUGUCGGCCUCUCGGAUAUGCUUAGUGUUUGAUAGUGGACUGUGGAAGCGCAGACUAUACA